CUCCCCUGUUUAUUGUGAUGGAGGCGAUGCUGUAGGACACAGCCAUUGAUCUGCUUUCUGUAAACUUCACCAGUGAACUGGCGGUCGACAUUACUUCUCUUUGACUAUUGCAUUGAUGAACAACCAUGUGUUGCAAUCGAGGAAUGAUGCCUAUAUUUGAGAACGAGCCAUGGAUCUCGAUAGCUGUGUGUUGACACCGCCCAUCGACAGACAUUAAGGCCUGUCCAGCCACUUUAGAGGUCAGUGGCGGUCUUACUGACUUAGGCCUUCUGGGAGGUCAGUGGCGGUCUUACCGACUUCAGGAUAUGUGACAAGAAUUUGAUUUGGAAACAAGCCAUCUGAGUGACGUGAUGGCGUUGACUGUACCUGAGAACAGUUUCACUGGCUCCCUGGAAGACUCGGCCAGCAAUCAGUCGGGAGGGAGCGAGUCAUAUGCCAUGUACCUGACAGUUGGAGAUGGUGGCUAUGGCGUCUCCACAACAAUGUUUGGAACCAUUGAUCCAGGGGAGGAUGCCGACUCCGAGGAUGAAGGACAAACCAGUAACACUAACCAUUAUAAUGAACAGAAAAGCAAAAGGGAAACCAAUAUCAACAAAGAAACUUGUGACAAAUCGCCUCAAGGUGAUCAGUUGUGUGUACCAGAUACUCUGGAGACCCAGAAGUACCUCAGUGGUAUGGAAUGUACUGACACUAUGAAUGCUGGUGUAGUAGAGGGGUCACACAUUGGUAAUUCCUCUGAUAAUGAUUCAAGUGACACAGAACACUACAGUGUUAACUCAGAAGACGAUGAACAAACCAACAACAUGGAUUUGGAUGGUGAAAGCCAUCCAGUCGACGAUCAACAAAAAAACCACAAAGAUGAUGAUAAGGACUUGAGUGUUAAUAUAAAAACGGAACCAGUGUCUCCUGUUGACUCCGAUUCCUCAACAGAACAUCAGCCAAUGAACACCCAAAAUAAAGAUACCAACUCAGACUUUUCACCAUCAAAAGCAUUUUCACUUCGAUUGAAUCUCUUUCAAAACAAGCCUGUUACUAAAAACAGUAAGUUUGAUUUUGAGACAUUGGACAGUGUCAUUGCUGCUGCUGUAAGUAAGACCUACAACAAGGAGACCGAUGUCAAUGGUAGUGACACCGGUCAACCCAAAGAGAAUCUCACCGAAGCUACCCCUAAAAAAGUCAAACCCGUGGAGGAGACAAAAUCUGGGGUGGUCGUCGUCGACAAUCCAAUAUACAUAGAAGGCAGACUAUAUCAUAGCUGUAGUGUUUGUCAAAAAAUGUUUAAAACACCCAAGGAAUUACGCGUGCAUUCUCGCAUCCACACCAAAGAGAAACCAUAUGCGUGUUAUGUUUGUGGCAAGGCAUUCCGGCAACAGGCACACUUAAAUAGUCAUUACAAAAUCCACAGUGGGGAAAAGCCGUACUCCUGCAAUCUCUGCUCCUUGUCUUUUACGGAGAACUCUAGUCUGAAGCGACACAUCCGUAUACAUUUAGGUAUAAAGCCCUAUAAAUGUGAUCUGUGUGACGAUGCCUUUGUCACUUCUUACUUGUUAAAGACACACAAGACAAGGCGACAUGAGGAGAAGCAGAAUCGUACUAGAUUUACUUGCGACAGAUGUCCUAAAAUUUACACCAGUAAGGAGACUUUCAACAAGCAUCUGAGGAGUCAUGAUCCAGACACACGGAUCUCUUGCUCUUACUGUGGACAAGUGUGUCUGACAAGCUCGCAUCUAAAACGUCACAUAAAUGUCCAUACAAGAACAGACUUCUGUAACCUUCAAACUAAAGACAAACCUUUUGAAUGUGGCAUUUGUCAGAAAAAGUAUUUCAAUAAGAAACACUUGGAAUUACAUGUAGUGCGUCAUACUCAAACUGAAAAUUUCUCCUGUGAUACCUGCGACAAAACUUUCGACACUCGUUACAAGUGGAAAAGGCAUGUAAGGCGUUCACACUCUGAAAGAAGCGAUGAAAAACCAAAUGAGCCAAAGUUCUUCAAUUGUCUUAUGUGUAGCAAAGUGUUUAGAACUAAUGAAAAUCUUGAAUCUCAUAUCAAAAGAGUUCAUGAUAAACCCUCGACCUUCAACUGUGAUAUAUGUGAAAAGACAUUCCUGAGGAGAGACGCAAUGUUAAAUCACCGAGAAAGUCACCUAGGGCAGAUCUUUCAGUGUUCCCUCUGUGAUAGAAAUUACUCCACUUCUAUGACUCUCAAAUCACAUAUGCGUAAGAAGCAUGGUAAGACAGAGGGCCAGAAACCUACAGGGAGGACAGUCUCUGAUAUAAUAUGCCAGUUCUGUCACAGAGCAUUUUGCAAUAAAGUAUCACUCAAAGAGCAUAUUAGAACGCGACACUCGGACAACAUUCAGCUGUUCACAUGUACCAUGUGCCAAAUGAAAUUCACCCGGAGAAAUUCCCUUCAGAGACAUAUGAAGAAGUCCUGUCGCAUGCUGGGUUCAGAUAAACAGAACCCUGACAUGAUGCAAGAAUCCAGUGACAAUGAUGACAGCAGCCCAGAUACGAUGGACCAUAGUGUGGACGCAGACAUGGACGCAGACAUGGACGACCAAGGUACUGACAUGAAUACGAGUCUAAGUACUGAUCUUGUGUCACCUGAUGAGGACUCUGAUGAUGAAGACAGUGAUACAAACAUUGAGCCGAACUGCUCACAGCAGGAAGAGAUAGAUACAGCAUGUCCUCAACCAGAUUCUAGGACUCUCAUCUCAAAAACCAACAAUGGCCACCGUGAUGUUUCAGUAUUAAGUGGCCAUGGAGAUGAACACAAGAUAGAAGAUGAGACAGUUUCUAUAACUGCUUGCCAGGAAAAUCUUGUGCAAUCUAUUCAGCAGGAUUCUAGUCCAAAAUUGUCACAGCAAGCAAGCUUGUCGGAGAGUUUAGACUCAAAACUAGACAAACACUCUAACGCCCCACUAUCUCCAGAACCACGUUCUACCUAAUGAUGAAAAUGCCUAUGUGAGGAUAAACUUCCCCGUCACAAGUAUAAUGAUGAUGUUUUUUGAUUUUAUCUUAUUCUAUAUAACAUCAUUAUGAGUACUGAUUUAGGUCUGUACAGCACCAUAAUGUGAUGUGUUGUACUUAUAACUUAUAAUAUAAGUAGUUGUUUAAGCUUAAAUAUUCUUUAUAGCUUAAUAUAAUCACAGGUUAAGAUGGAGUAUACAGAAAGUGGAAAAUGUAAAGGACUAGAUCCUCUAUAGUCUAAUUACUCUAAACAGACAUUUUAACCACAUUGAGCUACAUAUGUGUGAAUGGUCACCAUGGAUUGGCCAUUUUAGUUCUGUGACACACACAAUGUAUCUGAGCUCGAGCCAGAUAUGUAUAUCAUUAUACUAGACAUAUUGCAGUGAUAGCCAAAAGCAUUUAGUUAUUUGUCUUAACUUUUUAUUUCAUUCAUUUUGACAAAGUUUAAAAAAAAUCAAUAUAUUGCUCUAUGUAGGGAUAUACCAACAAGGAAUUACCAUGGCUAUAUUUAGAUUUUUAUAUUUCAAAUUGAAUAAGAAAACAGUUGAUUAUUACAGGUAGUCAUUUAUUACAGGUGAUAUCUUCUGAGCUGGUCUCUCAUUCAGACACUUAUAUAUAUCAAUAUCAGGAAAGUUGUUGGGAUGGGGUCCUAUAUAUAUAUACAGUCUCAGUGAAUCAGCUGGAUUUAAUAAGUUGUGAUGCAAACCUAUUGUACAGCAUAGAAAAAUUGUGAUGAUUAACUUUAUAAGGAUUUAUUAGGAAAAUUACUGGAUACAGACUGAAAGCCUGUCCUUACACAAUAUACAAACAAUGAGUAAAUUACAUCAUCCCCUAUAUACUAUAUCUUAAAUUAUCAUUAAACAUUAAAACACAGUAUUUUUUGUCAGUGUUCACUUAAAGAAAGUGUUUUUUAUAUUACCUCAUAAUAAUGAUGACCAUGCACAUAAUUUUUGGUGCUUAGUAUAGACUCGUCAUGAACCCUAGGCCUGUACUAGUAUAUUAUACUGUACCAAAGGGAUUAUUGAAUUUCACAAACCCUUCCCCAGUUUGGUCCUAAUUAUCAUGGAAGUAAAAUUCUUCACUCUGUUUAUAUUUGAUCUCAAGAUGAAUUAAGCCCUCAUUAACAGAGGUCAUAAAGCAACGUUAAGCUUUUAUGAAUAAUCUUCUGGAAAAGAGCCAACGCCGUUCUUUUAAUUAAGGUUCUGUAGGUUCUGAAAUCCCGGCUUGGAUACCUCUGAGUAUACAGGACGAUUGAGAAAGUGGGGCAAUAUAUUGUUAGAAUUCAAUCGCAACAAGCAACAGGAUUAGAGGGUUCUUGGAUAUUUAUUUGGUCUACCGGUUUCGCCCGAACAUGUGGGCUUCUUCAGGACAAUUUUUUGUAAAAUUCUAUUCUUUUAUGAAUAUAUACGUUUAGUUAAUUUAGUCUGGACCCUAUAACACACGUGACAACUGACCAGGUAAUUAAGGAUAAGCAUUACUUUAUGCUAUUGUAUGUGUUGGGUAUUUAUUAUUAUCACCAUGUAAUUAUACAAUAGGUCCAGGGAUCUGUGUUUGUAUACAAUGAAAUUAGUACUGUUAUACUUUCGAUAUACAUGUAUACUAUAAUAUUAUAUCUAAGUCGUUACAGAAAGUUUGUGUAAACCAGAGCUGGCCUUACCCAGAAAUUGGUCUGUAUAUAUGUAAGGAUCUGUUUAGUGCUUUCAGGGUUAAAUCAUUAACUGGUUUACCUGUGUAAUACUGUACAAUGUCGUAUAAAUUGUACUUUGUUGUAAAAACUUCAUGUGUUAUUAAUCUGUACGACAUACAGAAAUCAUGUAUUAGGUAAACCCAGGACUGCGUGUAAGGGUCAACAAAACCUUAACUGUUGGGAUCAGAGUAUGAUUAUUUUCUUAAUUCAAAUUGAUGUAUAUAUAUCAUUGAUAUUUAUACUAAAAAAAGACGUUCCGGAAUACGACAUAAUCAGCCUCUGUUGACAUGCCAAAAUUACUUACUGUAUACUAUUUCUGUAAAGUUUAAAAAAAAAAACAUUAUGAACUAUGAUUGGUUGAAUAUAUCAGUAUUACCAGGUAGCUAUUUAUGAUACACCUUGAUACACAUUGGUCCAGAUUAAUGUCACCACAAGUCUAACUCUUGUCAUAUAUUCAACCUUGUUCAGGUAACACUGGGACUGACAUUCAAUACUGUACACCUUAUAUAUAUUAACUGUGAUGUGACCGAGUCAUAUGUCAUAUUGUCAUCCAGGGUUUGGAAAACUCCACAAAGUUACAGGUUUGGUCUACUACAUGUGUACCAGUUGCAGUAUGUCCAGGAAUAUCUCGUGUUCCUACUGGUAAAGUCUGGAUUGAUGAUCAUGAAGUGUCUGAACAUUAGGUUCCUUAUUUGAACCUUUAUAAACAAGACAACAACACAUAGAUAUAUGAUGAAUAGCAUGAGUUUUGUUUCCUUUAUUUGUUGCAUCUAUUUAUAACAUUAGAAGAAAAAAAAAUAGAAAAAUACCAUACUUGUUAAAAUGUAUAUUUGUUUUUGUGCCAAAAAAAAGCUUCAAACCAGGAAUCAAAUAUUUAGACAUAACAAGUCUACAAAUAAACAACAAUAUUCUGAUAAAAUUACUUUGAUAUGUAUUGAACUAGUAGGAGAUAUCUGUAAAAAUGGGAAGUUUUAUUAAAUGUUAUAUAUAUAUAUAUUGUUGCUCUAGACUUAUCCAAUGUGAAUCCGUUAAGAAAACAAUACAGAAUGCUUCAUAUUUUUUUAUAUCAAAAUUAACAUACCUUUACCAUCAAUUUGUUAUAAAGCUGCUACGUUUGAUAAUCCAUUCAUGGAUGAUUCUAGACAUCGCGUAAGGUGUUGUUGUGUUCAGUGUAGGCUAGGUACUAUUAUAAUGGAUUAGUGAUAUUUCAGAUAUAUAGGUUUGAAAUGUUUCCAUUGAGACAGGAUCGUUAUAUACCUACAGGUAUAUGUGAUAUUACUAAUUGAACCACUGUUAUAUAUGUAGUAGUUUGAAGUUAAAAAGGGCACUAAAUGUAUAUAAUGUUUUUCAACAAAUAGAUAUGAUAUUCUGAUGUACUUGAUGGCAAAACCAAGUUGUAUGAAACUGAAGCUUGUUUCCAUGAAAAGUGUAUAUAAUUAUAAAUAUCAAUGAUAGCAUUGUAUUUUAUGUAUAUAUUACAUACUGUACAUAUCUUAAGUCUCGUUUUGUUUGAGGAAGAGAUAUAUUGUAUUUACAUACAAAGAGAGAUAUAACGUAUUGUUUACAUACAAUGUAUUAGUAUUUUGCUGCAGUGGCUAUAUUGCUUUUAUAAAUAUAAUUAAAAAUCACUCAUGUACAUGAAUAAAUACAGAUCAUUCUGUAUAGUACCGUA